UGAGUUAUAUAAAUCUUGAUACAAGUAUAUGUAUAUUUUCAGAGCCGGGAGACGGGUGUCAAAACAAUGACCAUGCUGGAUGAGCAGGGAGAGCAACUGAGGCGAGUCGAUCAAGGAAUGGACCAGAUCAAUCAGGACAUGAGGCAGGCUGAGAAGAACCUGACUGAUCUGUCCAAAUGCUGUGGCCUGUGUGUGUGCCCAUGUGACAGAGUGACUUCCAUUGAGCAUGAUGGGAGAUAUAAGAAGACUUGGGGCACAGGUAGUGACAACUCCAGUACAGACAGAAAAGAGGGUGGUGUUGUAUCCAGCCAGCCUACUGGUGUUCGCAAUGGACAGGCUGUUUCGGGUGGGUCAGCGGGUGGAUCUGGCCCCUACAUCAAGAGAGUAACAAAUGAUGCACGAGAAGAUGAGAUGGAGGAGAAUCUGGAGCAGGUGGGCAGCAUAAUUGGGAAUCUCAAGAAUUUGGCCAUGGAUAUGGGCAAUGAGAUCGACAAACAGAACAAAACCAUUGACCGCAUCACUGAUAAGGCUGAUAUGAAUAAAGCUCGCAUUGAUGAAGCCAACCAACGAGCCAACAAACUUCUGUAGAGAAUGGACACUGCCAGCAUCGCUCAGGAGCCUGAUUGUUUGAUCUCUCUCUCACACACACACACACACACACACUUUCUGCUUCACAGCAAUGAACUGCAGCAAGUGAGUUAAGUUCUUCCAAUG